AAAUAGUUAAGACUCACCAGUGAGAGAAAGAGAUGGGAAGUACCAAGCACCGUUGGAAGCUCUCUUUCCACCGUCCUCCUCCCUCCGCCCCUUCUUCCCCUUCUCCGGCGAGUCCCCCUCCACCGCCGCCGCCACCACCGCCACUGCCGCACGAGUUCCUCUGCCCCAUCUCUUCCUCUCUAAUGGCCGAUCCCGUCAUCAUCCCCUCCGGCCAGUCCUUCGAUCGCGCCACCAUCCAGGCUUGCAAGGAUCUCUCUCUCUUCCCAUCCACUCUUCUCCCUUCUUCUUCUUCUUCUUCUUCUUCUUCUCUCCUUCUCAUCCCCAACUCCGCUCUUCAGACCGCCAUUUUCCGCUGGUGUGAUCUCUCCGGCCAUCCCCGUCCCUUGCCUCUCUCCUCCGACUCCGCUCGCGACCUUGUCCGCUGCCUCUUCGAUGGAGAUCGUGAUCCUUCUCCGGUUGCUGCUCCCAAGACCCCGAUCAUCGAUUCCUGUUCAUCUCGCUACUCACCGCGUUCGUCAUCGUCCCUCUCUUCUUACUGCUCUUCAUCCUCUUGUUCAUCUUCAGAGAUCGUUGCUGCUGAUGACUCGUUUGGUGAUGAGAUACUCUCCAAGUUGAAGGAUCCGAGGGUUUCGGAGCAAGAAUCGGCGUUGAUCUCACUCCGACGAGCCACACGCGAGAGCGUGGACCGCCGAAUCUCACUUUGUACUCCCACGUUCCUGGCUGCGCUCCGGCCGUUGCUUGGAUCUCGAUAUCGGACGAUCCAGAGCAACGCAGUGGCGGCGCUGGUGAACCUCUCGCUGGAACCGAGAAACAAGGUGCCGGUGGUGCGGUCCGGAGCCGUGCCGGCUCUGGUGGAAGUGCUCCGGUGCGGGCACGACGAGGCGAGGGACCACGCGGCGGGUGCUAUCUUCAGCCUCUCGUUGGAAGACGACAACAAGGCCGCCAUCGGCGUGCUCGGCGCCGUGCCCCUUUUGCUCCAUCUCUUCGCGCGGCCAUCGGAGGAGGCGAGAGCUCGCCGAGACUCAGGUAUGGCGAUUUACCAUCUCUGCACAAUGGGAACGAAUAGGAAAAGAGUAGCGAAAGGGGCUAGAGCAGUGGUGUCAGUGGCGAAGGAGGGCGGCGAAGUGGGGUUAGUGGCAAUGAUGGUGGCGUGCCGGCUCGCCGGAUGCGCAGAUGGGCGUGCAGCGUUGAUGGACGCCGACGCGGUGGCCGCCAUUGUUGAGCUACUUCGGAAAACGAGUUCAGUGGAGGAAGAGUACUGUGUGGGAGCGUUGUACGGGAUGAGCAAAGGAGGGUUGAGGUUUGUGGCGACGGCGAGGGCGGUUGCGGCGGCGGAGGUGGUGGCGAAGGUGGCGGAGAAGGAGACCGCCGGCGAGGCAGUGAGGGAGAUGGCGAGGAGGACGGCGAUGGUGAUACGCGGCGAGAGAGAGGGUUCGGAGAGUGCUGAGUUUGAUGCUGGAGUUUCGUGGAGGAAGAGGUUGAACGAGUUCAUCAGUAGUGACUCGGAUGGGUUUAGUAGUAACUCGUUCUAAUAUUAAUGCUCUGGGGUUU